UACCUAGGUCUUGUCAUAGCACCCCAUGAUUCUAGAUCUGUGUCAUGCCGUCUGACUCUAUAAGUAUCUGCAAGCUGCUGCCAGCUAUACUGAGUUACUGAUCAUCGGUAAGGCCACUUGAAUUUUACCGGAUUUACCCAAAUGGUUUCUCUACUAGUUCCGGCCCUUUGGGUCCUGUUAAGCUUUUUUGCGUAUCAUGCUAACAGCACGCCGUAUGCAGGGCGACCUCGCCAAUCUGCAGGAUGUACUGUAAACUAUUUUCAAGGAAUUGUCCCUUCCGGCAUCUCGAUACAGAGUGUUCAGCAUGUCACUACCGGAUCCUUCUCAGAGCGAGGAAAUCUAGGCUAUCCUACGUUUCCAUCCGGGCUACCGUCGCUCUGCGCGAUUAUAGUCAAGAAUGACACGGCAAACUACCGCUUCGGGAUGUUCCUUCCAGAUACCUGGAACUCGAAACUCCUCGUCAUCGGGAGCUACGCGUUCCUCGGCGGCAUCAACUGGCUCGACAUGGGGGCCGGAGUCCAGUAUGGAGUUGCUACUCUCGCUACCGACACUGGACAUAACUCGGGCGCGGGAGAUAUGACAUGGCCAACUACUAACCAGCUACGGGUCAACUGGGCCUACCAGGCAUUGGAAGGUUCUAUAACCCUGGGGAAGAAACUUAUUCAGUCUUACUACAAUGACCGGCAGAUUGCGUAUUCGUAUUAUAGCGGUUGCUCAACCGGAGGUAGACAAGGUCUCAAGCAAAUCCAGAGAGACCCUGACAUGUUUGAUGGGGCCUUAAUUGGGGCCCCUGCAUGGGACACGAAGAACUUGAUGCCGUGGAUCUCUAGGCUGGCGAUGUGGAAUCUCCCAGAAGAUGCCGACGGGAGCAUCAGUGACCAGGGCCUCUUGUCGCGGCUGCAGGCGGAGGUGUUGAAGCAAUGCGACCCUCUAGAUGGUAUGCAAGACGGCAUCGUUAGCUCGCUGUCAGCAUGCAGGGAACAGUUCGACAUUUCCCAGAUAAGCUGUGACGUGUCGACCAACAAGACAUCUUGCUGGACCCAAGCGCAGAUAGAGACAGUCCAGAAGAUGUACAGUGACUACAUCACCGAAGAUGGCGAGUUUGUGUAUAAGGGAUUAGACUACAGCUCCGAGGCGGAAUGGGGGACGUUCCUCAUGCCAGCAGCCCUGAACGACGCAAACAACGUACGAAGGAACUUCGAUGCGCAAUACGAACGAACGUUUAUGAACUACGGGAGUCGCUGGCAGAUCACUUCAUAUAACGACAGCGUUGUGGAUGAUUCCAGAGCCCGUGAUAAGAAAUCGGUGCAGGCCUCCGCGGAUCAGUUCGACCUUGGCAGCUUCAGGGACAAAGGGAAAAUCAUUAUGUACGGCGGGCUUGCAGACGCCACCGUGCCUGUGCAACACACGACGCUGUACUACGACAGUACGGUCGAAGCGAUGGGAAACGUUGAUGAUUUCUUCCGAUACUUCCAGAUCCCAGGCAUGGGUCACUGCUGGACGAGUCCCACCAGUUCCAAAUACAACGUUCCGUGGAUGAUAGGUGGCGCCGGCCAAGCAGCGCAGGUGCCACCUUAUACUGCCGGUUCUUCGGUCCCCGGCUUCAAGGACAAGGAGCAUGACGCCCUGCUGGCCUUGAUGGACUGGGUCGAGAACGGCAAUGCUGUGUCCCAGAUCAUCGCGACGGGAUUCAAUUUCACCGAUUCCACUGGGCAAUCGGUUAGGGUGCAUAGGCAGCGUCCCCUCUGUGCGUAUCCGCGCGCAGCAACGUACGAUGGCCAAGGUCUUCAGAAUGACGCUUCUAGUUGGCAAUGUACAUGAACGCUCGCAGGCUUCAAUAAAGGCACUAUAUCGUCCUCCUCGCAAACUGCCAUCCCGGGAUAAAUGUGAGUUUAGGUAGGUACCUAUGCUUAUAAGAAGUAUUAUAAGCAGUAUUUCAGUUUGUAUCCGAGAAGGACAAGAGUAUGUACAUAGUAUGAGGGAGGGCGAAUUAUAUAAUUACUUGAAUAAGAAAUAAAUAGUGUAAGGAAUGGUGAUGAGGUAAUUGAACUACCUGGUAUUUUAGGUACUGU